AUGAGUGACGAAAAACAGCCUCCCGUCACCAGUCAUCCUGACACGAAAACAGUCAAAGAAAACUAUGCCGAUGUGACUUUACGAAUCAUCGAAGACCAUGGCAACGAGUUUAAACCCUUGACGCCGGAAAACGAGACAAAACUCAAACGAAAGUUGUACCUGCACAUCGUGAUUUUGGUAUCAUUCAUCAACGUCUUUCUCUAUAUCGAUAAAUCAACCCUUGGCUAUGCUGCAAUUCUUGGACUGUUUGAAGAGACGGGCAUCUCAAAGUCGCAGUACAACACGCUCAACACUCUAUUCUAUGUCGGCUACCUCGUGGGCCAGUGGCCCGGUAAUUACCUUAUGCAACGGCUUCCACUUGGGCGGUUUUUGAGCGGCACGCUAUUCCUUUGGGGGGUCAUCGUAUUUCUCCAUUGCGUUGCCACCAAAUAUGGGGGACUAGUAGUUCUUCGUCUCGCUCUUGGCACAGUUGAGGCAGUUGUUGUCCCUGCAAUAGAGAUCACUCUCGGCAUGUUUUUCAAUCGUGAGGAACAGUCUUUUCUACAGCCUAUCUUUUUUAUUACCUGUCUUGGGGCUCCAAUUCCGGCGGGUUUCAUUUCCUACGGAUUACUAUUCAGUCACAGCAAUGUCCGCCCAUGGAAGUUCUUCAUGAUCGUCAAUGGAGGACUGACAAUCUUGCUGUCCAUAUUGACCUGGUUCUACUACCCUAACAAUCCCGCUGAGGCACGGUUCCUUUCUCUUGAAGAAAAGGUCCAUGUCAUCCAUCGCGUGCACGAGUCCCACCAGAGCUCUAUCGAGCAGAAACAAUUCAAAAAGUCCCAAUUCGUGGAAUGCCUUCGAGACCCCGUGUCUUGGCUAUUUGCCCUGCAGGCAUUCACGUUGAUGUACUCCAAUAACCUUAACUAUGGCCAGCAAAACCUCCUAACUACUUCUCUUGGAGUUUCAGACCUAGGUUCCACCCUAGUCUCCGCGGCAGGCGGCGGCUUUGGCGUUGCCCUCUGCAUCGUCGCCCAUUUUGCAUUAAAGCGGUUUCCGAAAUAUCUCGCUCUGCAUGGCCUGGUCUGGUGUCUUUUUGCACUGGCAGGGGGUUUAGGCAUAAUCUUCAUCGAUUGGAACCGGAAGCUGCCACUGCUAGUCUGCAUGCUCAUCGCUGAAAACACAUACGGCAUCACAUAUAUCAUCGCGCUCGGGUGGACAACUUCUUCGGCAGCCGGUUAUACCAAGAGGCUGACACGGAAUGCAAUGUUCAUGUUCGGCUAUAGUGUUGGAAACUUCGUUUCCCCACAAAUAUGGGUUCCAAGCGCCGCGCCGAGGUAUUAUAACGCAUGGAUUUCGAUGAUUUUCGUUAGCUGGGUAGGGACACCAGCUAUCCUUGGGAUCAUUCAUCUUAUCCUCGCAAAAAGGAAUAAGGAGAGAAGAAAUUGGAUCGCUGGAUUGAGCGAUGGUGACCGAGAGGGGUGCAUUGAACAAGUAGAUGAGUCCGGGAUAGUGGUGAGGAGGAGGGUGGAUCUGGCGAUGCUGGAUCUGACAGAUUUGGAAAACAAGCUAUUCAUCUAUCCGAUUUAG